AUGUCUGCAACCUCUUCUCACCACGUCGCCGUCCUAGGAUGUGGAGUGAUUGGUCUUUCUACUGCGCUUGCAAUCCUCGAAGGUCAGCAGAAGAACCCAAGAGAUCGCAGAACUCUGGUUACGAUCGUUUCGAAGGAAGUUCCUGAUCUCGGCCACGGAACUCAGCAUUCAGCUGUGUAUGCUAGUGUGUGGGCGGGCGGUCAUCAUGUGAGCGAUGCUAAAAGUGAGCGAGAGCUUCGUCACGACAAGAUCACUUUCGAGCGGAUGAGCAACCUCACUCGAGAACGUCCCUGGGCCCGCCCGGCAUCUUCCUCACAAACUUGUAACCCCAAGCCGGUCCUUCCGAUCACCGACAAGUCCUCGGGUUUUAGCUCGCAUGGAAGUCAAAGGGAGCCAGAGCCGCUUGUAUGGGUCCACCAGACUGAGCUGUUCGAGACGGCCAGUAGCUCACAAGCUUUCCCGCGGUCUCCUUACGAAGGCGUCUUGGACUGGUAUCCUGACUUCAAGCCGCUCCCAUCGUCCAGCCUCACAGACGGGAUCGGACAUGGCUGCACUUUCUCAACGAUCGACAUCAACGUCCCUGUUUACCACCGGUGGCUGCUGCGUCGCGUCAUCGAUCUCGGAGGCCGACUGAUCGUUGCCGAAGCCAAGUCGCUGCGACAAGCCGUUUCCAUUGCUUCCUCAUCUACUGCUCCUACAAUGCUCUGUAAAAACCCUUCGCAGUGGAGGAAUGUCGGAAAGGUUGGUGUUCUAGUCGCGAGCCCAGGUCUUGGAGCACGUACUAUCGGAGGCCUCGAAGACAAAGCUGUGCACCCGCAGCGAGGUCAAGUCGUUGUCGUCAACGCUCCCUGGCUCUCCACAAGCACUUCAUUGUCCUCCUAUGCUCAGAAGCCGCGACACAAGAUUCCUGGCUUCUCAGUGAUACGACCGCAAGGCGGGAGGGAGGUGUACGUGAUUCCGCGUGGAGACGGAACAGUCGUUUGUGGAGGCACUCGCAUAGUGGACGAUUGGGACCCGAAACCAAGACCAGAGACGACAAAGAGGAUCCUGGAAAGAUGCAUUGCACUUGUGCCGCAGCUCGUCGAUCCAAAUAAGACUACGGGAUUGACAAAGCCAAGAGUUGAAGACAUUGAUGUUGUAGGCGUCAAUGUUGGACUUCGGCCAGCGAGAAGGGGCGGCGCCCGGUUGGAGAGGGCACUUCAGGACAUCGAUGAGGUCAAGGUGAUCUACAACUAUGGAUACGGCGGCGCAGGAUACCAAGCGUCUUGGGGUGCAGCGUUGGACACUAAGCAGCUCGUCGAGGAAGCACUUGGAAAAGGCGAUUCAAGAUCAUCAACACUCGUUCGGCCUUCCAAACUGUGA